AUUUAACCUUUUAUGCUUUUCCUCCCUACUCUUGUGGAAAUAUUUCGCGAGUAGUACGCGAACGUGAUCUUUCGUCGGCUACGUUCCAGCAAAUCAGUCUCUCAGACCUCAGUUUCUCAUGAGUUGUCUCACAAGUAAGAGUGGAUUGACGUGACUUUGUAUUUGCACAUUGUUGGAGCAAAAAAAAACUCCAAAAUGCUCAAGUUGUUUGCGGCUUUAGUGGUGUUAAUGACUGUUGCUUUGUGUCCACGCGUAACAGAUGGGCAACAAAAUUUGAUGCAACUCUCAUAUCCGGAUGGGUAUCAAGUUAGACCGGCAGUAGUAACUUCAACAACUACAACAACUACUACUUUAGCACCAGAAGUGACCACGAAAAAGGCUUCUUUCUUUGGAAGAAUUGGCAAUUUCUUCUCAGGUGGAUCCAAAACAACCACAGAGGCACCAACAUCAUCAACUAGUACCACAACAACAACUACAACAACUAAGCAUACAACUCCAUCCACAACAACAACUACAACAUCAACCACCGCAAGAACAACCGAAAGGGUGGAAGCCAAAAAGAAGGAGGAUUUCCCCCCACUCCCAACAAGAAGUUCAAGUCAUCCAACCCCAUCCACUCCUUCAUCAGCUUGGAGAACAUCUCCUCCACCGAGUCCUUCUGUGCAAUUUAUUCCGCGUCAGACUCCACAGCCACCAGUUCCUAUUUUCACAACAAAAGUCACAUCAACAACUCCAGUUGCAGAGGGGAGCAUUGAGUCGGAGGUUUUGGCACUAUCUGAAGUUCUUUUCACCAAAGACUCCAACAAUGCAGCUCGCUACGUUACUCCUAACUACGCUAGUCGUACCGUAUCUUACAGCACCCAGGACGAUGCUCCAAAUCCAUUCCUUGAAGUUACUAAUGAAGCCUCUCUGAAUGCCAUCUCAACGGUUUCAAAAAUGAAACUUCUCUUCAAUAACUACGAAAUCGACAGCAGUGUCAAUGAACAUGCAACAGCCAUUGAAAAGAAUGAAGAAAGUGAUUUCUUGGAUGCUGUUCUGGGUACUGCUCCAAUGAGAGCCGCCAUGUUGUUCCUACAGCGCAAAGAGAAAGUGACGGCAGAUCCUGCAACCCACAAGGACCUACUUAAAACAAUCUGGUUCAGUAUGUACUCUAGGGGUCAAGGAAGAAUUGGUAGCUCUGGCUUUGAACAUGUCUUCUUGGCUGAAAUAAAAAACAACAGUGUUAUCGGACUUCACAACUGGAUCUUUCUACAUGAUGUGGAAAAGUCCGGUCAUCUCGACUUCAAAGGUUACAUCAGGAAGCAAGAUUUAGGAACAAGUGGUUCCAUUGCUAAAAUUCGCUUCAGUUAUGAUAAUAUUAAUAAGCCAGUAAAUAGCUUAUUCGUUGGAACUUCCCCAGAACUGGAAAUGGCUCUCUAUACUGUUUGCUUCGCCAUUUUCCCGGAUACUGAUUGUCUUUUAUCCGCUCAUGGGCAAAGGUUUAAAAUCAAAACCUAUACGUUCAGAUACAGAGGGAAAAAUGUAAUUGGUAGUGCCUAUCCUGAGAUUAUUUGAGUUCAGUUCUACAAAGAUGAGAUUAAUCAAAUAAAAUGCUAAAAGUGUCAUGAAAAUAUAUUUCUAUUUGCAUAUUCAUUUUUAAUAAAAUUAGAAUUGAGAAAACUA